GGGGCCGCACGCUCGCUGCUCAGCUAUAGUGUUCGUUGUCUUCUCUGCUCCAGCGCUCUGAAACGGUUCUCGCCCAUUCCACGACACCGGAUAUCGCAUCCAAUCGGCUCGACUCCAUCGCAAACUCCAUCUUUUCAUCUCGCGUGUUGUGUUUUCCGUGCGUGAACUGAAGACCAGACCACUCGUGGAGCACCCAGGUUGGUCCCAGUGUAUAAUUGUUAGUGCAAAAAGUAGUAGCUGUUGUUGGUGUUUUGUCUUCUAGCAUACCACCGUGGUCGCCGUCGUCGUCGUCGUGGUUGUUGUUGGAGGAUUGCGUGCCCGCUGAAGGUUCCACGAUAGCUCCACGCCGCGGGUUUUGCGGUGUUUGGUGGCCGAGAGGCGUAUCGUAUUGCCAACACCCAACACUCGCCCGAGGAAGCAGCAGAGGAAGGUGUAUGAAGGCGGCAUGGGAAGCGUAUGCAGAUGAGAGCAGAAGCGAACGUUCCCCAUAGAACGCGUUCUGCCGCAGUCGUCGUCUAGCUUCUCCGCAACAUAACGUGCGCGCGUGUGUGUGUGUCUGUGUGCGCCGUCGGUGUGUAUGUGUUUUCGGGGUGGUGGGCGGUGAGUGCAAAGUUUUCCUAUCCAGCUGCAAACUUUUCGUUCCGUUCCGUGUUUCGUUCCCCUUUCUGUGUUCCGUUCUGUGUGCUGCCAUUCGGAGUCGGGAGUCGGCCGGGUGUUGGCCUCUACAUUCCAGGCCCAGGGCUGAAGCGCGAACGAUGGAAGCAAGAAAGGGGCCAGAUUUCUCCCCCUCCCUAACCCGCAGUCCGGACAUUGGCACACGCUCGUGGUCGUCGUGGUCGUCGUGGUGCUGAAAAAGGAGUUUCCGCGAUAUUGCGCGAUUUCCACGUUUGGAACGCCGCAGUACCGGACGGUACCAUUGUUGUGCUGUUUGCUUCCGUUAGUAUAGUAGCUCGUAAAGUAUAGUAGCUUCUGAUUCUGGGAAACCCGGGGACCGGGGAGAAGACCACCCCGGGAGUGACAACCGUAAACAACCGAUAGCCCGGGCCCGGGCGACCAGGUGGCGGCUUAAAGGCUUCAGCCAAUAGUGGGGCCCUUUCCGAUAGGAAAAGUGCAAACAUUCAACAGUGUGUCCGCGUGUCCGCGUCGGUCUCUCUGUGUCAUCUUCCACUCGUUCUUCUUCUUCUUCUUCUUCUUCUUCUUCUUCUUCUUCUCACUCCGCGCGUUGAUACCACGUGAACGAUCCCGAUAAGCAUCCGUCAACGAGUUGUCGUCGUUGCCCAUUGCUGAUAAGGUUGUGAGUCCGUUCGUCCGUCCGUCCGCGCGCGUGUGUGUGUUUCGGUGUGUUUGCAUGUACCGGCGAUAAGACGGGAGCGAGUGCUGAUGCACUAUCCACGAUCCACGGUCACCAGUUAUCCGGAACCCGGACAGCACACCAGCGGGAGCAGCGAUGCAAGUCGGGCGCGAGCGGGAGCAAAACCGUAGAAAUCGUGGCACCGCCUGAUGCACCGCUAAUAAGUCCGUAUCGUAGUGACCGUAGUGUAGCAACCACCACAUAGAGCCCAUGGUGGCCAUUAGGGCCUAUAUAGUAGCCCGUAGUAGAAUCCGAGAUCCAUCGAUCCGUGCGCAGUGCUGGCCAAUGAAUCGUCCGUGAUUCUGUCGGUGUGUGCGCGCGCGUGUGUGUGUGUGGUUUCAGUGCCUUUAACAUCCUUUCUCGUCGCGGUGCCCCAGACCCUAACUCGCAGCCAAGUCCAGCAUGGCGGGACUGGCGGACGAUCCGGAGAAGCUGCUGAGCGAGUGGCUCGGCGAGCUGGAGAAUCUGAUCGGGAGCUUUGAUAUCAACGGUACAACAGGCACCACAGCAGCAGUCAGCAACGUCGCCGGCGGUAGUCCGGCAGCAGGAACGGCCACGGCCACAACAGCCCGGCUACGGCCGAAGAGCAACUCAUCGUCAUCGGAGCGUACCGAUUCGUACCGGUUCUCGAUGGCGAACCUAGAGGAAACGCAGGAAGCCGAGCUGGAUGCGAUACUGGGCGAGCUAAGCAUACUGGAGGAGCAGGGUGAGCUACGGCAUGGCCGGAGCCAUAGCCGUACCAACUCGACGAUAUCGGCCGCCACCAACACGACCCUUUCGUCGGAGAGUGGCUGCAGCAGCGUUGCGGCCGAUACGAUCUGCAGCGGCGGAAGCAUCGCGAGCGGUAUGGUCGGUACCGGCGGUGCAGGCGGCGGUAUAGGAGCAGGUGGUGGUGGAGUCGGUAUGGGUGGCGGUGGUAUGGUCGGUCUGCAUCACCGGGAACCACGCACCGACAGUCCGGAUAAUGAUUCCGCCUUCAGUGAUACCGUUUCGUUGAUGUCAAGCGAAUCGUCCGCCUCGAGCAGUGUGAGCACCUCGCACCUGAAGCAUCUACAGUCAGUGAAUGGUAGUGGUGGUGGUGGUGCAGGUGCUGGUAUCGGUGGUCAACAGGGCCAACAGAUGCUGCUGGAUGGUGGUGGAAAGGCCGCCAAGAUACAUCUAGCCCUGCAAAAGCUGGAGCAGGCGUCGGUGCGGCGACUAUUCGUGAAGGCUUUCUCGGCGGACGGUGCCUCAAAGUCACUGCUGAUCGAUGAGACGAUGAGCUGUGGGCACGUGACACGGUUACUGGCCGACAAGAACCACGUACAGAUGGAACCGACGUGGGCGAUCGUAGAGCAUCUGCCGGAACAUCAGAUGGAGCGACUGUUCGAGGAUCACGAGAUGCUGGUAGAUAAUCUGAUGCUGUGGAACCGGGACUCGAAGAACCGGGUGCUGUUCCUACGUCGACCGGACAAGGUAGCGUUGUUCCGGACACCGGAAGCCUUCCUACCCGGUACCCAGAUGGCCCCGGGGAGUGAACACGAUGAGCACACAAGAGCGAUGCUAUUGGAUGAGUUCUUCAAUCAAUCCGCUGGCAACCAGAUCGCCCUCGAAGGGCCCCUUUACAUGAAGAAUGAUGCGAAGAAGGGCUGGAAGAAGUAUCAUUUUGUGUUGCGUGCUUCCGGAUUGCACUACUACCCGAAGGAGAAGACACGUUCGGCAAAGGAUCUGCUGUGUCUGGCACUGUUCGCCGGGCAUGAAGUGUACCGUGGGCUUGGUUGGAAGAAGAAACACAAAGCGCCCACGGACUUCACGUUCGCACUGCGCUGUCCAAAGGUUCCGGCCGGCGUAAAGGGCAUCCGGUCGGUGAAGAUGCUGUGUGCCGAGGAUGCCGGUACGCUGGAACAGUGGGUCACAGCCAUACGCGUUAUGAAGUAUGGCAAGAAGCUGCUGGACAAUCAUCGCCUGCUACUGGAUGAUUUGGCCCGGGAAGAACUGGACAAGCUCAGCUCAGCCCGAAGCAGCUCCAUCGGUAGCAUCGUCUCGUCCGUUCCGUCACAGUGCAGCACGAGCAGCAGCAACAGUAGUAGCAGUGGCGGUGGCGGCGGUAGCGUCCCCAAUCAUCUCGUUCCCGGCAAUGGUCACCAUACGCAAGGGAAUGCCAAUGGCAAUGGGCGGCUUUCGCGUGCAUCAUCCUCCAGCUCGAGCGGCUGCCUAUCGGACGAGAACAAUGGAUUCGAUUCCGAAUUUCCUACCGGCACCAUUAAACGGAAACCAUCGAUGAAGCCAAAUCUGCCGCUUACUUCGAUGACGCGCCAACUGAAGGAGGUCGGUGAGACGACAAGGUUGAAGAGUGACGGUAGCGCGAUCGGUGGUAACGGUGCCACGACCGGAUCGGUCGAGCAGCGGGAAGGAGGCACGCUCACGCGAAGGCACAGCCGUCGGCGAAGCGAGGAAAGUACGGGCAGCGGUACACUGAAGCGAAGACCGAUGACGAACCAAAACCGUGGUUCGAUCGAAAGUAUGAGUUCCUCGGCCUCAACGCCCACACCGGUCGGCAGCUUGGUCAAUACACCCGUCAACUUUGAACCUCCGACCAAUAUCCUGAGCACCGGAAUGCACCAAGGAACACUGGGAUCUCCCGGGAAUGCGUCCGCUAUGUCCUCCCCGCUGAAUGGUGGCACACCGACGAUCAUCGAACCGAUACCAUCCUGUAUGACCGAUUCCACGUUUUCGCUACCACCCCCUCCUCCACCACCGGCAGACGAUCCGAUGCUCGGUGUAGCCUUUUCCGGUUCGACUCUCUCACUAGACUCACUGCCACCGCCACCACCCCAGAACGAGCUGGACAAUUCGUUCAGCGGAUCUCAGCUGUCGCUGGCCUCGGUGCAAAUUCCUCCACCGCCACCACCGUCCGCUACGUUAUCGGGUACGGCAGCAGCGCCGGUAGCACCACAGGGACCGGUCACUAUCGCGCCACCGAUGGCACCGCCCGCUCAUCCUCUCAAUGGUACCGGCCGGCAACAGGAACAGCAGCGGCCGCCUCCCCUCAUUAUGCCCUCGGUAGCCCAAUCCAUUAUGAAGCUAAACCAGGGCCACUGUCACACUUUACCGACACCAAGUCCACCGGCCACCAUCCUCAAGAAGGAACCGAUCUACUCGAAAACCCUAAAACCGUCUGCCCUGAAGGCACCACCGUACAAGUCACCGCCACCGUACAACGGUGGAGAUGGUGGCCCCGGCUCGCAACCGGAUUCACCAGCACCACCGGCCAAGAGUGUUUCGUUUGCCGAAUCUCCGGUUCUGCUGCGACGCAAGGUAUGCUUCGAAGAUGAAAUCCUAGACGUACCGCCCUCUCCGAGGCGUCUCUGUGCAUCGUAUGGUAGUUCGGCGGGACCACCGGUGCCACCGCCACGUGCCGAAGCCACACGACUCUCGACGACCUACACCUCACCAAAGCGCCUCAGCGAAUCGAGCUCCAAUCCGCCCCGAGACUUCCUCAAGGAUCUGCAACGCGUCAUGAACAAAAAGUGGCAGGUGGCGCAAAAAUGUAAACUCGAACCGGCCACUACACCCCACGAGGUGCUCGGUUUCCGUGACAUACACGGUGCCGGUGGUGUCGGUACGGAGCUGUACUCCUCAGCCACUCCGUUCUAUCGCGAGACGGCCAACGUGAGCAACUGGGUGCAGGAGCAUUACGGUGCGCCCGAUGGAUUGUACGAGAAUCUCGGCAGCAAUAUGGGUAUCGAACCGAAUUAUCCGAUCACGAGCGCUCCGAAUAAUGGGCUACUGGCGGGGGCAGCUAUGCCCGGUAUGGUACCGCUGGCCAGUAGUGCGAAGAAGCGUCCACCACCACCACCACCAAAGCGAAGCGAGAAGACGCAACUGACCACAACCGGAACGCCGCAACAUGUGCCGCAUCCGCAUCAGCAUCAGCAGCACCCGCACCAUCACCACCAUCACCAGCAGCAGCACCAGCAGCAGCAGCAGCAGCAGCUGUUGGCCCAUCAGUUCCUACAUCAGCAACAGUCCGCACAGCAACACUCCUCUCAACAACAGCAACCACAGCCGAACCAUCAGCAACGGGUGUGAGUCUGAGUUUGCCGGUGUUUCCGUUCCUGGAGGGGUUUCUGGCCAUGUAUAAAGGAUUGCUGCAACUAUCGAUGUCGUUCCGGGCGUCGUUGGUUAGAAAUCACUCAUCGAACCCAGGAGAAUACGAGAGUCUCUUCUUUAAGCGAAUGAAGUAAGUGCACGAUCGAAUGUGCUUCCUACGAAUGAGAACGUAAGAACAAAAGUCUGCUUAGUAAAACAAAAAAAAAAACAAAUCUAUGUGGUAGCGUUAGGUAGUUAAGGAGACGGCGAGCGAAGGCGAUCAACCAUCAAUUGUGAUCAGUAGCAAAGCAAACAUGGCAUCCGCUCGGGCAUAAUCGAAACCCGUGACGCAGCCAGGCGAAAGAUGGAGAGAGGAAGAGAGAGAGAGAACAAGAGAUAAAGACGCGGGGGGCGUUUUUAAGAAUAAUUUAUUUAACUUACUAUACAUUUGCUUGACAAAGUGCCCGUGCGCAUUACGGUAUGUGAUGCAGUAGUACUACUGAGUAGAGAAUGGGUGUUUCCCCCCGUCAGUGUUGUUAAACCGCGCGCACGCAUGACGAUCCGCCAAUAAACAAUCUGCAUUAGUUUCAGAUAGUCGACUGUCGCAGCUGGGAGCUGCGGAGCAAAGUAUGAAAGUGCUGACCUCUAAAUGGCGCAGGGUUCGGCCUAUGUACAGUUUUUACAAGCCUUUUUAUCUUCCUAUCACACAAGCGAAUCCCCCUUAUGUUCUGCGGAGCUAAGAAAUGUAGAACAGGUUGUGUUUUGCGCACGAGGAACGCGUUCUAUUCUCGUGGAAGGGUAUAAGAACGCUGUUGAACGUGUUAACCAAAAUGGCAAUCGAAGCUUCAUGAGGGAGGAGCGGGGGUUUUCGUUCGUUUUGUUUUUUUUUUUUGGAACAGUAGCAAGUUAUACCAAGAACAAUGAAUCGAGAAUGAACGAUAAGAUCAUCCUUUUUCCUCGAUCAAACUGGAACAGCAAAGUGUGCCAUGGGCUAAUCGUAGUUUCAUAAGAGUUCGCUAAACACUAAAGUAGGCUAAACGAGGAACGAUGUAGAGCGCGCGUGUGUUACAAUAAAUUCAGACUCGCAAAAGUCACCUCACUACCAUUUACAUACUAUGCUUCUUCAUCAUUUACCACCCAAUUUACCGACCCCAAAACAGUGUAGUAGUGGGCAGUGGAGUAAGGUACAGGAGAAAAGGUUCCUCGAAUGACUUGUUUUGGUGGAUGUUGGUUUGAUUGUUGAUCGCUCGGGUAGAUUUGGUCAGGACCAAAAGGAAAAUUAUGGGGGGAAAAUAGAGAAACAGAGACAGAGUGAAAGAGAGAUAGUGAAUAUGGUUUUUAUUCGUGCGUGCAUCAUGGCGGGGGUGCUGCUUCCAAGACUGUCCACCACUGUGAAUCAAGAUGCUCUCCGUGAUUUUGCAUGUUUCUGUUGUCUAGCGCUCGAUCGAUGUAGUGUAGUGUUUUUUAUGUGUCGUAGCACUUUUGAGGAUCUGUUUUUUUGAGGCAAUAUUGACGGUUUAGGUAGCAGCAGCGUGGAGUGGCUGAAGAUGGAGGUUUCAUUCGAUCGCGAUCGGAGCGUGACCAAAUCUGAUCAGAAUAAACGCCAUCUACGGUAUACAACGGAAUAGAGGCCGACUAUGAUUAUUACUUAUACACCAUUGAUGGAAGGAUACAAUAAUUUUACAAUGAGAUAUCGAGAAUGUUUACACAAUAAAAGCAAAUCAAAUCGAUUUUGCAGCAAUGAGGGGAGAUGGAAAUGGCGAUUGAAUAGAGUCUGAAGCAAUGGGAGGAGAAACAUCCGCACGCAUCCGUUGCUGCUUUUCUUUUUGGUACUAACCCGGUAGAACGUACGACCAAAAAUUGAUGCGUGUCGAUCGAAGGUGUGUAUGAAGCGAUCGAUGCGAGUGAUGAGGGUGGUUUUUGUCUAGAACGAAAGGAAGGAUAUCGUUUUACGUAGUCCUCGUAUUGGACGAUAAAAAACAUAAGUAGCUAUAUAAAUAGGAGGGAGAAGGGAGAGAAAAGAGCAGAAGAUAUAUUACAUUUGAUCAAAUGCAGUAGCCUGAACUACACCGUCGACGAAGACCAUCCGAGGUAGUAAGGCGAACAAGGUGCUUUCAAAAUGAACUAAAAUUUAAAAAAAAAACCAUUCAAAACAUGGAAAACUUAAUAUUUAAAACCGAAACUAUUUAAAAGAGGCUUGGAUGAUGUUCGACGAUAAACUAAAACCCGCGAAAGCUCUCGUUUGCUCGUGGUGUAAUCGAUUUCCAUGCGUGUUUCGUACGAUUGCUUUAUGAAUGUUCAUCGAUUCUUAUCGUAAACUCAUUAAUAUCUUCCUUAUCUUUUGUGUAUGACGUAUUUGUUUGUAAAUGAGCUAGGGUGGCUCCGAGAAUAAGCUCCGUAACAGUAUCUCAGUCUUCACAUGUUUGCCAAAUACAGGUUGCAUAGGAUCGUAAGAUGACUAAUAAUUCUUGAAAUGUGAACAAUAAACAAAGACAACAGAAAAUGUAUUGGAAGGAACGUGUUUUGUUGACUAUCAAUACUUUGCUAUUGUUUUCCAUACAAGGUACAUAACACAUUAAAGUACAUUAGGGUAAAAAAUGGAAAACUAAAGAAAAAACAUAUAUAGAUACAUUAUUCUUCGUUUGGCAUGGCUUCAUUGAAGGAGCAGACAUAUUAGAUCUGCUCGCAAUAUUUGGUUUCAAUCAAAUGGCACAAUGUUUCGGAACCGGAAAGUGUGAAACAACUGUAAUAGAAAUGCUUUUAUCAUAAUUGCUUGAAAUGUAACACAAAAACUAGCGUAUACUAGAGAAGUAAAAAAUGCUAUCAACUAAACAUACAGGAACUUUACGCCCAUUAGCGAGGAGUCACUAAACACUAAAGGGAAUCACAACGCAACGGAACCGUCUCUACAAACUGGUAUCAUUUCACAUUAUCACCCUAUUCACCUGCUGACAGUGCUACAUGAUAGUAGAUGAAAAAGCUGAUUGUAUCUGAGAUCAAUGCUAUUGUCCGAGAUCACAAUUAGUUUACAAUGAUUUGUAAUCUAUUUCGAGGAUUUUGUAUUUUAUUACAACCUAAUCUAGAGGGGUGCUAUCGGCAAUCGAGUAGUACCAAAGUUCUGCCUAGUAGUAUCUAUGCACAUUAAUGUAUGUUUGCUUAAAUUCAUUGCUGCAAUGCUAUACUUUCUCAAAAUUGCAAUCUGUUGUUAGACUGAGAGAAAUCAAAUGAAAUCUAGCGCGGAAAGGAAAAGAGCAAAAGUGAUACACGGUACGGGGAGGAAAAUGGAAUCAAGGAUCAAGAAAACAGAAAGGCUGCAGCAGAACGGCUUAACGAAAAUAACUAUGUAAAAAUAAUAAAACACCGCUGCCAUCUAAACAUAAACUCGAUCAGAGU